AAGCAAUACGGAAACAUUUACACCGUGUGGAUGGGGCACAUACCGUUAGUUGUACUGUGUGGAUUCGAAGCAGUACAAGAAGCACUGAUAAACCACUCAGAAGACUUUGUUGAACGACCACUGGGUCAUUUCCUUAAAGCCUUAGCGCAAGAAAAGGGCAUUGUAUUGUCAAACGGCCACACGUGGAAGCAGCAGAGGAAGUUCGGCCUAGCCACCAUGCGGAAGCUGGGACUUGGGAAGAAAGGCAUGGAGCACCAAGUAGAAGAGGAGGCCCAUCAGCUUGUUGAGACUUUUGCACGUGCAAAAGGGCAUCCUCUUGAUCCUUCAUUGCCCAUUACUAAUUCUGUCUCCAAUGUGAUCUGUGCUGUGGUUUUCGGACAUCGAUUUUCUGUUGAAGAUGAACAAUUCAUCAGGUUGUUGGAAGCCAUUGGCUAUGCUGCAAACUUUGGCGGGAGCUUUUUCCAUGGCUUGUAUAUACUUUUCCCAAGGCUCAUGGAACGUCUCCCAGGUCCCCACAAGAAGGUGCUUGCAUAUGCAGAGACCGUGCGAUCAUUUGCAAAGGAGGAGAUACAGCAGCACAAGGAGCGACAUGCUGCACACGAUCCACAGGAUUUCAUUGACUUCUAUUUAUUUCACAUGGAGAAAAGCACGGAUGAACCCAACUCUACAUACAAUGAAGAGAACCUGGCUCAGUGUAUUUUUGACCUCUUUUUCGCAGGCACAGAAACCACUGCCACUGCUCUGCAGUGGGCAUUGCUCCUCAUGGCAAAUUAUCCAGACAUCCAAGAGAAAGUCCAAAAGGAGGUAGAAGAUACUUUGGGUUCCUCUCAGUCAUUCAGCUAUCAAGAUCGAAAGAGAUUGCCUUACACCAAUGCUGUGAUACAUGAGAUCCUGCGUGCCUACUAUGUCUUGUUUGUUGGGAUCCCCAGAAAAUGUAUGAAGGAUGUGAACAUACUUGGUUGUCUCAUUCCCAAGGGGGCACAUGUUAUUCCAGAUCUCCGUUCCGUGCUUCUUGAUCCCAAACAAUGGGAGAAACCUCAGGACUUCAACCCUAAUCAUUUUUUGGACCAAGAUGGGAGCUUUGUGGAAAGAGAAGCAUUUCUUCCAUUUGGUGCAGGGGCUCGUGCCUGUCUGGGAGAGUUGUUGGCAAGGAUUGAGCUCUUCAUCUUCUUCACCAGUCUCCUGAGGGCAUUCUCCUUCCAGCUGCCGGAAGGAGUGAAAGAACUCAACGCAAAGCCUAUAUUUGGGGGAUCACUGCACCCCCAUCCUUACAAACUUUGUGCUGUUCCUCGCUGCAGUGCGUAAUAAAAUAUUUUGAG